CUCUCUCUCUCUCUCUUCAUAUACACAACAAGCUAAAACCCUUGGCCUUGGGGAUUUCACCUCUGUCUAUCUCUCGAACAUGUCUUCAGCGAUCGCGUCGUCGCCCCCGAGCUCGCCGCAGCUCCGAUUGGCUCUGCGCCGCGGCGGCGGCGGUUCCGGGGAGCCGUCCCGCUCGAUCCUCGUGAGGGAGGCGCGGGCGAGGGAGCUCGGCCGCCGGUUCCCCCGCCUCUGCGUCGGCCAGAGCGAGAGCCGCCCCCGGGAUUUGGGUUCCUGGACCGGCUCGGACAAUGGCGCGGACGCGCUGUCCGGCUGGUCCGGUUCCGAUGACCCCCGGGGAUCUCUGGAUUCUCAGCGGAAGAGGUGGUUCGGAGGGAUUGUUGGAGCAGGAGUUGUUCUUGCUGCUGGAAUCACAUUUGCAGCGAUAUAUGCAGGGAAGGGAAGCACUUUGAGACCUAAACCAGAGAUGGAGCCCUUAACUACACAGCAGGAAGCACUGUUGGCCCCGGAUGAUCAGCACGUGGAGCUUGAAUCUAACAAUAAAGAGGGUACUCGUGCAAGGCACGACGACGUCAAUCUGAGUGAUGAGUCAGGUAUGAGUGGCGAUUCUCUUUCCCUCCAAGAACGUAAUGACUCUGUGAGCGGAUAUAAAAUGGAAGAUGAUACUGAUGAUGGGAUCCAAACUGGUACUUACUCUGGUACUGAAAAUGCUAAUAGUUCUUCCAAGGAAGAUGAUCCGCAAGAUGAGUCACCCGUUAGUGACAACUCAAUUGCUCCUGAAACAAGUUUAGGUGCUGGUGUACUCCUAGAAGAUGAUACUGUGGCUGCUUUGGCCAAUAUAGAGGCACGAGGUAGCCUCGAUGACGCUGUACCAGAAUCUGCAUCUGGACAGAAAGGGGACCUGAUUAAUGAUAAUCCAACUGCGGGAAUUCUCACAAACUUCACUGCUGAUUACAAGGGGGAUGAGUCAUUGAAAACUAGUAGUUCUAGUGUUCUAUAUGAAUCUACUAAGCUUUAUCACACCCAAAGUGAGCCUAUGGCGCUGACUGAUUCAUUUGGUUCACACGUAGACACUAUUCUAGAAUCAAAGGCUGUGCCCAACACUGAGCUGCAGAAGUUAGUUCCAAUAUCUGCUGAAGAAAAUCAUGAUGCAGACAAAGCACCUCAGGUGUCGGUUGAGGGGAUAAAUUCAGCACUGAAGGAGCAUGACUCGAAUGAACAUGGUUCAUCUGCGACUGAAUCUGGGGCAUCUUCAGUUUAUGCAUUUGCAGAUGGACAAGAAAAAGAUGGGCAAGGGGCAACAGAUGAAAGCAGAACAGAUUUUGCAACAUCAAAUUCAGGAAACACCUUUGCCUAUGCUGGUAUACCUGCUCCAUCCUUUGUUUCUGAAGCUCUACGAGUGAAUCCUGGGAAGAUUUUGGUUCCUCCCACAGUUGAUCAAGUUCAAGGACAGGCUCUGGCUGCACUACAAGCAUUGAAGGUUAUUGAAGUUGAUGUCCAAGCGGGGGAUAUUUGUACACGUCGUGAAUAUGCUAGAUGGUUGGUGUCAGCAAGUAGUGCUCUUUCAAGAGAUACAAUUUCCAAAGUUUAUCCUGCCAUGUAUUUAGAAAACGUCACUGAGCUAGCAUUUGAUGAUAUAACACCUGAAGACCCUGAUUUUGUUUCCAUUCAAGGUUUGGCAGAAGCUGGGCUUAUCUCAAGUAAGCUUUCAAGACGAGAUAUGAUGUCAUCUCCAAAUGAAACGGAGGACCCUCUCUAUUUCUUUCCUGAAAGCCCAUUAUCACGUCAAGAUCUAGUCAGUUGGAAGAUGACGCUGGAGAAGAAACAGCUCCCAGAAGCCAACAGAGAGGGCCUGGGCCGCGUUUCUGGAUUUAUAGACAUUGACAAGAUUAACCACGAUGCAUAUCCUGCAUUAGUAGCUGAUUUGUCCGCUGGAGAACAGGGGAUAAUAGCCCUCGCAUUUGGUUACACAAAAUUGUUUCAGCCAGAUAAGCCGGUUACGAAAGCCCAAGCAGCUAUUGCUCUUGCAACUGGUGAAGCUGCAGACAUAGUAAGUGAGGAGCUUGCACGCAUUGAAGCAGAGGCAAUGGCAGAAAAUGCUGUUGCUGCUCAUAGUGCCUUAGUGGCUCAAGUCGAAAAGGAUAUAAAUGCAAGUUUCGAAAAGGUGCUCUCAGUAGAAAGAGAGAAAAUUGAUGCAGUGGAAAAGAAGGCUGAAGAAGCAAGGCUAGAAUUGGAAAAAUUACGGGCUAAGAGAGAGGAAGAUAGUAUUGUCAUGAUGAAAGAACGUGCUGCUGUGGAAUCAGAGAUGGUAGUUCUCUCCAGGUUAAGGAGAGAAGUGGAACAACAACUGGAGAGUCUAAUGAGUAACAAGAUAAAAGUCUCAUAUGAGAAGGAGAAGAUUGAGAAACUUAGGUUGGAAGCAGAAAAAGAAAGCCAGGAAAUUGCUCGCCUACAAUAUGAGCUGGAGGUUGAGCGAAAAGCGUUGGCAAUGGCUAGGGCAUGGGCUGAAGAUGAGGCAAAGAGAGCAAGAGAAUAUGCAAAAGCUCUAGAGGAGGCUAGGGAUCGCUGGGAGAGACAAGGUAUCAAAGUAGUGGUUGAUAGUGACCUGCAAGAGGAGACUUCUGCUGGUCUCACAUGGAUCAAUGCUGGAAAGGAGUUGUCAGUUGAUGAAACUGUAAAUAGAGCUGAAACUCUGGUGGAUAAGCUCAAGGACAUGUCUGCGAAAGCUGGGGAAAAACCCAGAGAGUUGAUCAAUAAGAUUGUCCAGAUAAUACUUGUAUUCAUAUCAAACCUGAAGCGAUGGUCCUCUACUGCCAGGGAGAGAGCUGGAGAACUUAGAUGUGUUGCUGUUUCAAAGGCGAGGAUAUCAGCCGAAGAGUUGCAGCAAAGCAUCGCAAACGUGAGCCUCGACCUCAAGGAGGGAGCAAAGAGACUUGCUGGAGACUGUAAGGAAGGGGUUGAGAAACUCACCCAAAGAUUCAAGACAUGAGCGCAUAGCCUUUUCCUGAAAGUCUCUUCAUUUUUCCCGUGAGGUAAUUAACUAUGGCGGCCUUGAAAAAGCAAAAGUUACCAUAAUGGAAUUAGGGAACUGGUUGCAGAUGACCUCAAUAAUCCAGGAUCCAUGUUUUUGAAGUCCCACUUCUUUAACCUGUUUUGUGGGAGUACAUCUUGUGUAGAAUAAAUCAUGUUCAAUAAAAAUUGACUCCGCAUUAUAUUCA